UGAUCGACCGCUGCCGGGAAGAACCCGGAUGUGCCUGAGUAGUCCGAGUUGGCACUCGGGGACUCUCAAGUUUGGGUAUUCUAGGGGUGCUGGCCGCCCGGACGGAUGGCGCAGGGCUGGGCUGGCUUCUCUGAGGAGGAACUGAGGCGACUAAAGCAGAGUAAAGAUCCAUUUGAACCACAGCGGCGUCCCCCUAUGAAGAAAAGUCGACAACAACUUCAGCGAGAAAAAGUCCUUCAAGAGCAAAGCAAAAAACUUGGACUGCAAGAUGGAUCAGUCAGAUUAUCUCCAGAGCAGCUGCUCUCUGCACCACAACAGAGAUUCAAUCACCAAAAGCCAGAUUUUUCCUCCCCUGCUGCUCCUAAUCCUCUUACACUCAACUGUCCUGUUGGCAAUAGAAAACCACAGGACACUGAAAAUCAACCAAGGGAACUGGGACUUGAGAAUUCCCAGGAUGGUCACAUAAGUGCUGAGGUUGUACCUCUAAAACCAGAUUGCAAAUUGGAGAAAAAGAAAGUGGAAUUGCAAGAAAAGUCUCGUUGGGAAGUGCUCCAACAUGAACAGCGGCUAAUGGAAGAGAAAAAUAAACGUAAGAAAGCUCUUUUGGCUAGAGCUAUUGCGGAAAGAUCUAAAAGAACUCAGGCAGAGACCGUGAAACUGAAGCGGAUCCAGAAGGAGUUACAGGCUUUGGAUGACAUGGUUUCAGCUGACAUUGGAAUCCUCAGGAACCGGAUUGACCAGGCCAGUCUGGAGUAUUCAAAUGCUCGGAAGCGGUUUGACAAGGCAGAAGCGGAGUAUGUUACGGCCAAGCUCGACCUACAGCGCAAGACUGAUAUUAAAGAGCAGCUCACUGAGCACCUUUGUACAAUCAUACAGCAAAAUGAGCUCCGCAAGGCCAAUAAGUUGGAGGAGUUGAUGCAGCAACUGGAUGUCCAAGCUGAUGAGGAGACUUUGGAGCUUGAGGUGGAGGUGGAGAGACUACUGCAGGAACAAGAGGCAGAAGCAGGGAGACAGAAGGUUCAUGGAGAGAGGCCAUUUCAGCCUUCCAGGGAGAGUGUGACAUUAGGGUCUACUCAGAGCAAAGAGCAUCAAGCACCAGUUGCCUGCCCAAAGGUAGAUGAACAAUGUGAAAAUCCCAAGAGCACUCCCCUUCUCACGCCAGACCACCCAAGUCAGGAAGUGAAGUCUAGUGCUCAUGACAACGGUUCAGCUGCUCUGACCACAUGAAGGGCCAGUGUUUGUUGUUUUCAGCAAAUAUGGUCUUCAGUAGUCUUCCUGGUGUAGAGUAUGCCAUGACCGCUGAUAAAUGCCUCUUUAAAACAAUAUUAGUUUUUUAAUCUAGGAUUAGUUUUAGAAAUAACAUGCUGGACCAUUCUGAAGUCUCAAAUAAUUAUCAUUUUACCCAUAGUUCACCUUGAUUUUGGUCCAGUUUUGUUAUUGUCCCCUUAUUUUGGGUGAAAACAAGUAACUUAAAGGAUAGAAGAAAAAUUACAUUGUUAUGAGUGUUUUUAGACCAGGUCAAUAUACACUUUUAUAUUGCCUUUUAAAUGGAUCUAGUUUACAAACUGAAUUUUGAUUGGUUGAUAUAUACACACAAGCAUAUAUAUAAACAUGCUAUAUAUAUAAUUUUCCUAUUAAUAAAUUGUCUUUAAUCAGCACAUUGAUUAAAUUUAGACAAUGAAAACUUGGCUAUAGUGAGAAUGAAAAUAAUAUAGAAAAUCUUGCUACUUUUGAUUAUGAAAAAAUACAUUUUCUUUAACAUUUCAGUAAUUAUGUAUUUUAUAUCUUGGAUAUAAAUUAUCCUGUCAUAAAUCAUCUAAAUUGUUAAAAUGGUUAUUUUCUUAUUACUCUGAUAGUUUAUUAAUUACCAUCACUAAUACUUGAACACUACAUUGUGCUAUAUGUGAAUUUGUAAAUAAACAUUAUAAUUUUGUUACAAAAUCUGUGAAUAUCACAUUAAAUUCUGAUUUAUCAGAACUUCCAAACAGUAAAGUCAAGCAUUUUAAGUCUUAAAAAAGAAAGAAAAGAGGAUGACAAAUAUAAUAUAGUAAACAUAAUAAUUUCUGAAAAAUAAUUUUUUAAUGAAUUUGUUUGAGAAUAUUAUUUUCUAGCAGUGAGGUUGAGCUCUGUAUUUUUAUAUUAUGUAAUUUGAUUUGAAAUUAUAGCUCUCCAUUACUGGCUUUUCUAAACAGAAGCAUUUUUGUAGACCGUUUGUUUUUAUUUAUGAAUGGCAUGCAUAAAAACUGAAAUCUUCAUUGUCCAAUAUGCUCCUAUUUUUCUAAGGGAUAAACAAAUCUGAUGCACUUAUAA